CGAUAAUAGAUAUCUACGACGCCACUGAGAUGUCAGACACAAACUUGAAUCCAACAAAUCCGGUGUGGGUGCAAAUCACGAUUUGUUUGGCUGUUGUCACGUUCUACACUCCUUCAUUCUUGGAAAUAUAUUAUCUCAGAUUUCCUGAACUAACAAAUGGAUCAACCUUAUCGGAGCAAAGAGUUAGGCUUUCUCAAUUUCUUUCUAGUUGUAUGUUCCUCGCUCUUCGCGUAGUAUUGUUAGCAUACAACCCACAUGAAAUUGGUUUUGCUAUCAAGACAUCUAUUAGACUGUACUAUCAUUACAAAACAUGGUCAAAUCUGCAUCGUGCACCGAAUAUUGUUUCAAUUCAAGAGACAGAAAUCGCAAACGCAUACAGAUACAACGAAAUACCUGUCGUUGUCAUCAACAUCACCGCCGACAUCGACACAAGCAUAAACUAUAAUAGAUACAGAUCUCUAAGCGUAUAA